CACAUUCCACCACAGUGUCCUGAUGCACAGUGUUCAGCUCCAGAUCCCCCUCACAUGAGCACCGCCCGGGCCCGGGGCCAUGUAAGCGAGGGGCGGGGAGCGCCGCGGAGCUCCUCCCCUCUCCAGCGCGCAGUCACCGGGGCUGCCGGACCGGAGCAACUCGGCAACCACCAACCAUCCGCCGCUGGUUGCUCCUCCGCGCUGGGCGCAACGACUCGGAGUUUCCACCUCCGCCCGUCCCUCCUCGCGGCGAUCGACAUGGCCUCCGACGGCAUGGACGAGCGCUCCCCGCUACUGUCGGGCCCCAACUCCGGGAACGGGACCCCCACUGCGCCCCCGUACCUGCAGGACGCGAGCCCCCGAGCCGAACUACCUCCUCCCUACACAGCCAUCGCCAGCCCCGACGCCGGCGGUGUGCCUGUCAUCAACUGCCGCGUGUGCGAGUCGCUCAUCAACCUGGACGGGAAGCUGCAUCAGCACGUGGUCAAGUGCACGGUCUGCAAUGAGGCUUCGCCAAUCAAGAACCCCCCCACAGGGAAGAAGUAUGUUAGGUGUCCCUGCAACUGCCUGCUCAUCUGUAAAGACACGUCCAGGAGGAUAGGAUGUCCUCGGCCAAACUGCAGACGCAUUAUCAACCUGAGCCCGGUGAUGGUCAUCCCAGAGGAGCAGCCCGCUCAGCCGGCGCUGCCCAUCCAGCCUCAGGGGAUGAGGGUGGUCUGCGGUCACUGUGGCAACACCUUCCUGUGGAUGGAGCUUCGGUUUAACACACUUGCCAAGUGUCCCCACUGCAAAAAAAUAUCCUCUGUUGGUAGUGCGCUCCCUAGGAGGCGCUGCUGUGCUUACAUAACCAUAGGAAUGAUCUGCAUUUUCAUUGGCGUGGGUUUAACAGUUGGUACUCGGGACUUUGCCAGUCGUUACAACGCGACCUACGUGUCGUGGGCCUUCGCCUACUUGGUGGGCCUCAUCUGUCUGAUACGAGCCUGCUACUGGGGAGCAAUCAAAGUGAGCUACCCUGAGAACAGCUUCGCCUAGGAUGGGCACGGCUCAGCGAGGCUCAGCACGGCCCUGCACGGCCGGAGGAACAAACCCCAGUAUUUAGGUUGAGAUCUGAAAGCGGUCAUGUUCAGUGGAGUGGAACGUCUGCAGAGAGCGUCGAAGAAGUGUGGUAGUGUGUGUGUGCGUGUUGGGAGAUGUUUCCCAUUGCGUUUGAGUCUCAGAAUGUUUAAAACUCGCUGAACAAACCUCCCAUCAGUCGAUCGACCUCCUCCUGCUCCACACAGACUCAAAUCCUGCCCUGGUUUUGCAGAACCCUCCAAAAAUUCAGAAUCAAGAUAAAAAAAACUGUUCCAUUUUGUUGUUUGAGGCAAAAUGAACUGGGAGGAUUUGGUCUUUGUCGAGCGUUGUUAAGUCAGUUGCUCAGCAGCCUGCUGAACUGACUGUACCCUCUUGAUUUCUUUUGUUUCUGACCAGACCAAAAUAAGACCAGUUUGCCCAUUGCACUACGAUUAUAUGCAAUUGUAUGUGUUGUUUUGCUGCUAGUUCAAACUCCAGCUACAGUAAGCUGCAUACUCCUAGUGUCUCGUAACCUUUCACCUUGCCCGCGUUGGUACUGCCAUAUGAUUUUAACUCUCGAAAUGAUCGACUUUUAACAAGAAAUCGCCCUUAAAUACCCAUGCGUCCCAACUUUGCUGCCCAGUAUUAGUGGAGAAGAGCAUCAGAUCAACAGGAGCUUGUUUAUUUGUUUGUGCCACGCAGCUUUGAAACUCACUACAGCAAUAACCCCCACGUUUGCAUGUUGAUUUAGUUUUUCAGUUACAGAGUGUGUUUUUUUUUUUCCGUCUCAGCGCGGUAGCUGACGCGUGUGAUGUUCCCGUCUUUGCUCUUUCUGCGUUAGAAUGUAAACCCUCCUCUUCCUCCUCGCAGCUUAUAUGCGUCUCUCCGACCCUCCAGUGAACUCUAGUGCUAUAGCUAGCAUCGCUGUACAUUGAACUCAGCACCCUGUCUCUUGACCUUUUACCAGUGGGCACAGCUCCAACUUCUAACCUUGUUUUGAAUGUGAUGAUGAUGAUGAUGAUGAAGCAGAAAAUAAUAUAACAAAUACUCUUUGUACAUAGUUCAAAUUCAGGACUUUAAAAAGUGUAGUGCCAGGCGAAAGGAUACGAUGGCUUGUGGGUCUUUUUAAAAAUGAUAAUUUAUCAAUAAAAUGAAAAAACUGCU